GCGGGGACGAUAUUGUCAAUGGAAACAUUAAAAUCAUUUAUGGACUUAUCUGGAGUUUGGUACAAAGGUACCAGAUUUCCGGAAAGAAAUCAAAAGCGCCACCUAAGAAAUUAAUGACAAUUUGGUUCCGAUCAUUACUUCCGGAAUUAGAUGUCACAAAUUUUACCACAGACUGGAACGACGGUGUAGCGUUACAUGCAUUGAUAGACCAUCUUAAACCAGGAGCGUCCCCGGACUGGAGAAAACUCAGCCGAAAUAACAGGAUUGAAAAUUGCCGACGAGCAAUGGUGAUAGCGAAAGAACAACUGAACGUACCACGUGUUAUUAGUCCUGAAGAUUUUGCAAAUCCAUCUCUCGAUGAAUUGUCCAGUAUGACUUACUUAUCAUAUUUUGUAAAGCACGAAUCCCCGGGCUACUAUCACACCCUUAACUGGGCAUGUAAACAGUUGAGGACCACAAAUAUAACUAAUCUAUCGACUGACUGGAACGAUGGUUAUUUUCUAUGUGCAAUAGUUCACUCCCUUGGUGGAAGUAUUCCAGGAUGGCCUAACCUGGAUAGGAAAAAUAAAGAAGAAAACUGCCAAAAAGGCAUUGAAGGUGCUAAAGAACUAGGAGUCGAACCUCUUAUAUCGGCCAAAGAGUUAACAGAUCCAAACAUAGACCACCUAAGCAUAAUGAGUUACCUUUCAAGGUUCGAGUCCGUCCAGCCAAGGAAGAGUAAUGCCGAAAAAUUACAAAUAAGAUUCAACUUUGACAACAUAAAAACAGGCACAACAGCUGAAUUUCAGCUAGUGAAAGCAGACGCUGGUGUAGACACCAGUAAAGUGACUGUUCAAUUAACAUGCGAAACAGGUGACGUCACUUGCAAUGUCGCAUGGUCAAAUAAAACAGCCACGUGCUCAUUUAUUCCUACAUGCACGGGUGACCAUAAGCUUUCAGUGAAAUAUGAUGGUACAUUGAUAGUGGGUUGUCCAAUAGAUUUUAUCACAAAAGGUGACCACACAAAAGUGAAACUAUUGACGCAGUCAUGCAAAAUGAAAAUGGGCGAGAUGUGUGACGUCAAAGUAGAUAUAUCGGGAAGUGGACUUGGUGACGUGUUUAUGGAAUCGACGUCACCGACGGGAGAGUUGCGAUAUCUCACUAGUGUCAAGAAAGGAAACAUUGUGUCUGCAACAAUACAGCCCAAGGAAGUCGGUAUAUGGGUUAUCCAUGUUUAUUUUGGCGAUGAUGAAGUCCAAGGAAGUCCGAUUAACUUGCGUGUAAAUGACCCACAAAAGGCGUGGCUAUCCGGUCCCGACGAAGCCAACGUCGGGGAAAUGGUUGCUUUUAAAGUUAACUGUAAAAGCGCGGGAGAAGGUGAGGUCAAGGUCGCGGUGUCUUGCGACCAUAUUGACGUACCUUAUGACAUAGUUCCGGAUGCAGACGAGAAGUCUAAUUACAUGGUGAUGUUCACACCUGAACAAUCUGGAACGUAUGAGAUUCAUGCCAAGUUUAAUGACCUUGAAAUGCGUGGCUCCCCAGGGCGUGUCAGUGUUCAAGACCCUAGCCAGAUAUCCGUGACGGGGGAGGGUGUGUCACGUGGUACGAAGGGUGAAGAGACCGCCUUCACCGUAAAUGCUAGUGGUGUUGGUGGAAACAUCAAAGUGCAAAUAUCAGUCAAUGGUACAGAAAUAGAAUGUAAAUGGAACCAAGUUAACCCGGAUGUGUACGAGUUCAAGUACCGGCCACCGUAUGCUGGCAUUUAUGACAUUAACGUAUUAUGGAACGGAAGAAGCGUACCUGGGAGCCCAUUCCACCCUCAGAUUACCGACCGCUCGAAGGUCUUUCUGAUGGAUGACCUUUCGGACUUAAAGGACGAAAAUGACCACCUGGCACUCGCGUGCGACUCCGAAACUGUCCUUAAUUUCAACACAGGAGAAGCUGGACCUGGAACGUUUACAGCAGAGGUGCUAUCACCCGAUGGCCGUUUACCGGUAAAUAUACGGAAACCGGACCCGGGUAAAGUACAGGUGGGAUUCACUGCCAAGGUUGAAGGUGACCAUUACAUUCAUCUCUACUGGUCGUCUGUACCAUUGGAUAAGUCUCCGAUCCUGGCCUAUUGUCCUGGUCCCGUCCUACCAGUGAACCAUGCGCACGUGCUCGUCACGGGAGAAGGUUGUCGCACAGCACGUGCAACGGUACCUACGGAGUUCAUGGUAGAUGGAAAGAAGGCUGGUCCAGGCAUUCCACGUGUACGGAUGACGGGCGUCAAGACGGAUGUUGACGUUGAAAUGCGGGCGAUGAAAUACGACCGCUACAAGUGUAAAUACGCAGCCCCCUAUCCUGGCGGGUAUCUCCUUCACGUGGAAUGGUCGGGCUUUCAAGUACCCGGAUCUCCUUUUAAGGUCAAUAUUACUACGAAAGGUCACAGUGACAAGGUGAAAGUUGAGGGUCCGGGUCUAAGGGGCGGGUAUGUUGGUCAGGAGUUACGGGCCGUAGUGGACACAUCCGAAGCAGGAAACGGGGAAGUGCUUGCCGACUGUCAAGGGUUAAGGCACAACGCACGCUGUGAUCUAAUUGACCACCGUAACGGAAAAUAUACGUUACGUAUGUUCCCGACGGAGGCGUGUCGGCAUAAACUGGUGAUUAAAUAUGACGGUGAAAGUGUUCCAGGAAGUCCAUUCACUAUACCGAUCGGUGAACCGCCAGAUCCGAGGAAAGUUCGGGUGUUCGGUCCAGGCAUCGAACCUGGUGUGAUACAGAGGUUUGAGAGUAAAUUUAUCGUAGAAACAUUCGGAGCUGGGGCCGGUCAACUGUCUGUACGGAUCCGAGGACCUCGAGGUGCAUUCCGUGUAGACAUGAAAAGAGACCGCGAGGACGAAAGAACAAUAACUUGCCGGUACGAUCCCGAGGAGCCGGGCGAGUAUAUCAUCAUGGUGAAAUGGUCUGGUGUGCACGUGCCUGGAAGUCCAUUCAAGGUGCCCGUGUUCGAGUCUCUAGAGGCUCUGUACAAGCAUGUUAAACAAACUAAACAAGUGGAGCUGAUAGCUGAUUACCAAUGGAAAGAAGAAAUUUAGUGAUAUACGUCCUAAAUUUCAAAGCCACAUUAUGCCUCAGAAACGAA